CAUACCAGCGUACCAAGUGGAUUAAGAAAAUUUACAGGAUGCCUAGUAAAUAAUUAUGCUCUAUUUCUAUUUAGCACAGAGGCUGGAGUCGAAAUGACUCAUGUGACAUUCACAAAAUGGGAGAUGGUGGACAUAGCAGCAGCUUUGUAUGGCAUAGCUUCAGAUAUCCAUCUCAAACUGACAAGUCCUGUGGCCAAAUUCUGUCUGGGAUUGCAGAAGGGAUUGCAAUUAGGGUUCCUCAGUCACUAGGCAGGAGCGUAUCUUGGGAAAGAGUCUCUUCUGUUUCACACCGUUCAGAUAUAAUAAUAUGUAAUGGUUCUAGAAACCAGGUACUGUGCACAUGGAGAACAGAGGAUCUUCCCAGUAACAUCAAAGAAUCAUAGAAUCAUUGAGACUGGAAAAGACCUGUAAGAUCAUCUAGUCUAAUCAUCCAUCUACCACCAAUACUUCCCACUAAACCAUGUCCCUCAGUGCCACAUCUCCAUGUUUCCUUAACACCUUCAGGGAUGGUGACUCCAUCACCUCCCUGGACAGCCUGUGUCAAUGCCUCAUUGCUCUUUAGGAGACAAAAUUCUUCCUAAUACACCACCUGAACCUUCCCCCUGGCAGAGAGGUUCUAAUAGGUAUCGUUCUAACAGAUAUCAAGGAGCCAGUCUGAACUCCUGCAGCUAUCAAAUAAAGUCCAGUAGGAAGUGAAAAUGUUUUAAUGACUGUAUGUUUUUGUUUUGAAGGCAAAUAACGAGCAAAACAUGUGGAUUAAAAAUGUUGGACUCCUGUGUGUGUUGAUUCUGGUGUCCCAGAUGCUACUCACCAGCUGUGAAAGGCAGGAGAGAAGAAAGGGGAAACAAGGCAUAGAGCACGGUGGGAAAAAACAGACCGAAUCAAACCCAGAGAGAGAAAAAGGGCGGAAACCAAAAGGAGGAAAGGCAUCUCCUAAAGGCAAAUUUAAAUCCAAAGAAAAUGCUGACUGCACCUGGGCGGUGACCGACAUGAGUGCUGCAACUGUGCACAUCGAGUGCAGGAAUGGGGACAGUGUGUUCUGGUGUGAGUUCUCUGGGGACCCCUCCACCUGCCCACACUAUGCAGCAAAUCAGAAGUCCUACUGGAAGCAGGUCUCCCGCUCCCUGAAGAAGCAGAAGCAGAUCUGCCAAGACCCCAGGAGCAUGCUAAAAUCUAAAAUAUGCAGGAAAGGCCCACAAAGCGCUCACCUCAAGCUGACACGCUCAAGCCUCCUGGCAGCAGAGGGCCCUGCCAAAGAGCACCCAGCUCACCAUGCUGCAGAGGAUGCCCAAGUCCCAGCAGCUUCUGAGACUGGAAAACAGCCAGAACACAGCCCUCCAGACUGUGUGGAAGACGUAGAUUACAUCGAUCAGAAGAAGGUGGCUGAGGAAUACUGCCCAGAGAGUUUGCUGUCUUUAUGCAACUUCUUCAUCACCAUGGUGCAAGACAAAAAGUGCUGAGGAUGUGUUUGUAAAGUUCUGCAUCACAACAGUCUGAUCUCACUGAAAUUACUGCAAACUCCCAGGUUUUAUUCUCCUGUUAUAUAGUGUACAUAGGAAAAAAAAAAAGACAUAAAGCUGUAUAUUUAUAUAUUUUUCAGAUUUUGUUUUUACACGACAGACGACACUUGGUACAGUUGAAGAUGUUACAGAUUUCAUUUGCACACAUGUUUCUACACAAGCAUUACCUGUUGAUGUUACGUACUCUGCACAGAGGUAUCUAAGCAGUCUCUUUGCCCCCCUUUGAGCUGUGCUAGCCAAAGGGAUGAGUUUGGUGCUAUGCACUCCUCAGUUAUGUACUCUGCAUUUGACCUAAAAAUUACUAAGAAAAAAUAAACUUCAAGAUAUAUUUAAAAUAUUCUCUGUGUGUUGAAUUAAACUUCUCUGGAAUUGCUGAGUUUUUCUGAAAGGCUGGUCAUUCACAAGACCUAGGCGAAGUAUUGCCUAUACAGCUGUUUUAACAAACCUUCUGCAGCUUUGCAGAAUUCAGCCAGAGCAUUCAAUGAUUUUAUUUGAGGGAAAUAAACUAUUAUUUGUUUGAAAUCAUCGUGAUAAUGAAGGGUGGCAGGAUUUUCAUAUUUUCAUAAUUUUACAAAAAAAUUUUGGCUUUCCCAACUCAUCAAAAGAUGACAGAAAACUUUGCAAACUUCAGUUCUUUCAUUUCUCCUAUAUUAUGAAGCAUGUUUUACUUUUCUGUGGUAGGGAAACUGAGACACAGAGAUUAAAUGGCCUGCCCAAGUUCACUUCUGUUGCAGGGCUGAACUUUUCCUCCAGCAGCUGAAGAACUUACGCUCACCGCUGCCUCUGUAUUUCUUCGAAGUUCCAUUGCCUGCUCUCUACAUAUAUGGAAAACACUAAUAAAUCCUUUUCCAUUUGUUAGACUUCAUCUGUAUUUAAAAAACAUUAAUAAUAAUCCAACUCUACAAGAAUAGAAAUUUUAGAAAAUUUCAAGCCAAAUGCUGACAGUUGAUCUUUGGAAACAUUUAAAACUUCAGCUGAAAGAAAAAUGUGCAAGUUACACUUUUCUAGUGGCAGUAGGCUGGAAAGGAAGGUCUGCUGCCACAGUGAAAAAACUUCCUUGAAAUACAAUUUCCCUGAUCAUUCCUAGCAGAUUAACAUAGCAUUUCUGUCCCUUGAGAAAAUAAAACCCAUUCCUUUUUGUAAUUAUCUCACUGCUAAGACCUGGGCUGACCCCAAAAUUUUAAAGAAUAUUCAUAAGAUGAGUUGUUAUGAGUAACCUUUUAUUUAAAUCAACAUGUCUGGGGAGGAUGUUUUAAUGCUGCUCUGGCGUGUUGCUAUAUUCAAGACAAAUGUCUUAAAUGUAGGAUGCUGCUAUUAGUCAAACUGUGUUAUUUCAGAAGGAUUCAGCUGUAUUUUAGUUAAGUCCAAAUGACAAGAAGGAGGUAGAUACUUCUUACUGAAGUUUGAGCCUUACAUGCCUUGUGGAUACAGGGGGUAUUCCCAGGCUGUCUGGUGCAAGUAUUGUUAGACCAAUGCCCACAGUAAAGCAAAAUUUCCAUAAAGAGGCAUUAGUGCUAUAUUCCAAGCAGACUGAAAGACACAGCCAUUCUGGUGCCACAUUGGGUGGAAAGAUAGCUACCCACUUCUUAUUAUUAAUGUAGAUAUGCAGGUAUGGAGUUUCAGCUUCUAGAAACGUUGUGUUUCAGCCUGCACCACUUCACAGUGGAAAAAUGCUGAAAUAAGGCCAGAAGAUGCAGAGGAAGGAUGACUAGUGCACAUACGGCUCAGCCAACCAUAUACUGUAGCAAUUAGUGAUAAAUAUCUAAUCUAGUAUACAGCUACCAGUAUAAUAACGUCAGAUUACAACCAGAGCUCUAGACAAGGCUGAAUUAAGAGGCUCAGUUGCUCCAGAUACUCUGGAAAAAGUCCAGUCCUAACUACCCUUAGCUGCUGUUACCCUCCCAAGUACUAACAUCAGCAAUUGGUUGCCUGAAGUGUGAUCCACCCCUUGGGAUCUCCAGGAGGCACUGCUCAGCUCUGUGGCUGUUGGCCAGCCAUGCACAUGGAGCUAGUGACAUAUUCCCAAAGCAAAUUCCAGCCUGAGAUUCCGGAGCUGUGACUGUGUCUCUGCCUGCUGGACUGUCAGCACGUGUGGGAGCUGCACUCUCCUCUCCACGGAUGAAUGACAUUGUGUUUCCGUGUCUUCAUUGUCUUGUUUUCUUCCAGGACUGACUGCUACCCUCUUGCAUGGAUCUUUCCAGAAGGAAAACACUUGAAUCUUAGCAGUUCCAGGGUGCAUUUCAGCUGAGAUGUAUGGGAUAUUUCCAGUACCCCAGAAGGACUACAACGUCAUGGGCAGCCAUAGACUUCAGUGACUACAUAGACCACAGGUCUACAGUUAAGUGCAUCUAAGCUUUCAGCAUGCUUAGCAAACCUUGUGUUUCAGUCAUGCAUCUACAAUCACUUGACUACAAUUGCUGGGAGCUGCUCUCUUCUGAGCACUUACAGGGCCACUUGGGUUGAUAUAACAUUGGUCCUUCUGGAGUCAAGCAGGUUAAAUAAAAUAUUUUCUGGCAUUCACCUUAGGGUCUAUGAUCAUUCUGAAAAACUUCACUGUUGACUCUACUCUGCAUAUCUUAGUGGUGGUACUGAAUUUUCUAACACCAUCUUUAGCAGAACAAGAGGGAACAAACGGAUUUAAAUUAUGCCUGUGCAGCCUAGGACUUCUGCACCUUUCAACCUUCAACAAAGUUCAGAGAAACUAAGAGUUAAAAGGAGAUUAAAAACAUCAAAGUUAAGCAUUUUUUGGAAGUUAUUUGCUAGUACUUGAUAGUCUUAUCUAGAAAAUCUAAGAUGUAAUUCUAUACUCACUAGGAAAUGGGGGGAUGUUAUUAGUGAACAACAAAUAACUCUGGCAGUGCAGCACGACUUAAGACUUUGUAAAAUUUCAGCUCCUUUAAUUUUAAAGUUUCUAUUCUUUCAUUAUUUUCUGUAGUAUAUAUUUCACACACACAAUCUCAUUUUAAUGAGUUUCCGCUUCUUUUGCAACCUCUUUUAUUCGUUUACCACUUUGGCAGCAGUACAGGUUACACAUCUAAUCUCUCCUGUUUCACAGCUGCUUGUAGGAGAACAGAGCUGGGUGAGUCAACUUUCCUGCUCCCAAGAGGGCCCUACCCUCCUCUUUCCCUGAGGGGGCCAAUGAGUACCUACCGCCUGAUAUCACCUCACCUGAAUUUGGCCAACCAUUGCAGAGACUCAGUGUUCAGACAUGACAUAUUUUACACUGCUGUGCUCAAGUCAUGUAGGCAUAGUUCAACCUAGAUAACAAAUUCCACUCCCUUUUCCACUUUUACCUGGUUGGUUUUUUUGUUGUUUUGGUUUUUUUGGUUUUUUUUUUUUUCUGAUGCUGCCCUGAGCAAGGCAGCUCCGUACUUGUUGGUAGCUGCUGCGCCUCACCCAUGUCUUUCCCUGGAUCUCAUUCCAUUUCAAUAUAUUUUAUUGUGUGUUCCUCUAGGCUAUUUCCAAGAAUGGUAACGAUUUGUUUAGCACACUGGGACUUGAUCAAAUAGGAAAACCCAUCUUUGAGGCUAUUCCAGCAAAAAAGAGAUUUGCAGUCUUGUCACCAGGGUAGUGGUAGCAUCUCCUCCCUCACUGGAGCACAUACAGCAGCACAGUUGGUAGUCUAACAAAUCCUAUUGAUCUCAAGACCAUUGUAGGUAUUCCUGUGUUCUAAUAUCUUUCAGUGUCUUUCUGCUCUUUCCCUUGAAAGGACAGGGUAUCCCUGAAACCCAUUUGCAAUGGUCAAAACCCUCAAAGAACCAGAGAGGAGAAGUCAGUGUUACAAGAACCUUGACUCUGUUUGAGUGAUAAGACGUGGAAAGAUUGAAGUUUCUAAAAAUCACUCUGGUGCCUCACUUGCUCCUUCCAUUGUCAUCACAGCUGUGAGACAGUACAGGGAUUUUUGUAAGCAGAAGGGACUGGCUAUGUCACAGAUCAUUUUACUUGUUUGUAGAACAAACAGUAACGUAUGUAGAACAUACAGUAACAUAUGCAUUGUAGUUGAAAUUCUCUCUUUAAAGAGGACUGAUGUAACAGGUUUCUCUGGAAAUGUUCUCCUAUCCAUGUGAAGUAUGUGUUUCAUACCAUUACUGGAACUUCUUCCAGGCUGCUUGUAGAUUCCACUUGAAAGAGCUGUUUUAAGGCAAAGAAGUGGUAAGCAAGAAGUGACAGAACUGUGAAGACUUCCCUUCAGCUUGUUGCCACCUGACUGCCUCAGUCACUGAUCAGAUCCAGCACCAUGUAGAAAUGAUAAGUUUAAUUAUUCUGAAGCUGCCAGGGGACCGUGGAAGCAUUACGCUGAUUUCCAGGCAACAGACACAUCAAAGGGACCUCGUUAUAUAAUGAGAGACUGCAACAUGUCCAAAGCUGCCUGUGAGUAUGCACAUGUAAGCACUGUGGUGCUUUGUGUAUGCUAAGGGAAAGGAGCUAAUGUUAAGAUGGAUCCUAAAGUCCAGAAAUUACAAUGUUAUCUGUAACAGCAAUGUAUCCUAUACAUCAACGAUAUGUGUAGUAAUUACAUAUAAUAAGUCUGCUUAGAUAACAGGAUAUUUUAAAAAUAAUGAGUUAUGUUUACAUCUGUUGCCUGAAAGUGACGUGGUUUCUGGAGUCACUGAGAGAGAGGUGGUAUGAUUCUCUGGAAAAUCUGGAAGUGCUUUUGGGCUGUUCCACAGCUGCUCCUCCUAUUCCUUGUUCCAAAGGGCCCUCUCAUGGAUAACUGCAUGUCUGCAGUGCAGGCUUCCAGGACAUUUUGUCUUAUAUGGCUCUAGGUAUGAAUGUGGUCGUUGCCCAGCAUGUAUGGCAGCCUGCAGACCUUAGGUCCUACAGAGUGUGUUCCAGUUAAGUGUUGAUCUCAGAGAUCCUUUGUUCCUCAUUUACAUGUUCAAACAACACCAAAGUGAGCUAAAGCAGUCAGUUUGUGGACAAAAAAGUUGGGACACUAGGGGAUGUUGGUUUGUGUACGACAUUGUAUAAAUUCAUUGAGCAUUCAAUGAGCAAAGCAUUAGGGAUUGCAUGGACUGCUGCUGAAGGGCUGUUGGAGCUGGCAGCAAUCCAUUCCUGUUAACAAUCAGGUUGCUGGUUGGAAAGGGUUGUUGGAGCUCCCAGGUCGCCAUCACUGUAAGAGAGAUGACGUUAAUUUUGGCCAGUGUUCAGCUGGAUAACUACACUCUAUCCAGAUGAUUUCCAGAAUUUCAAUCUGUUGCACCUUUGGCAAAAUGUAGUGAGAAGCUCCAGGCCAUGGAAUUGGAGCAAUAUUAACAGAAAUGGCAUGCAUAAAUUUGGUUUGUUUUUUCAAACUAAAAAGAAAGAAAAUAUAUGUACAAAAUAAAUGUGAAGAAAUAAUCACGUGAGAUUCUGUAGGAGUGAGGACAAAAAAAUCUAUCUCCAUAAAUAAAAGUCUGAAGUACAUUGCUACGUUAUUUAGGGAAAGAAUAAAAAAGAGGAAAGACCUAUUUUAACAUAUAUUAUAUAUAUAUAUAACAACAUAACAUAUAUAUUAACGCAGUAAUAUCAUUAUCAGAAGUAAAACAAAUGCUGUCAUGGUUUCAUGGUUUUAGAAAUAAUUCUUAGACUUUGAAUAUGCAAUUUUUCCUCAUCCAGCUGGAGUAUAUUUCCAAGUAAAGUUGUGGUGGAGUUUCCCUUUUCAAAAGCUGGCAAUGUUUAGCUGGACACCACCACUAUCAUAUGUAAUAUUUCUUUCUUGACUUUAUAAGCCAAUCCCAUAUCUUUAUCUGCAUAUUCAAGCAGCAACUUGUUUUACAGGCCUGGGUGGGAAUGGAAGAAUCAACCAAGACCUGUCAAAGACAAGGAUCCCUCCAGAAGCAUAUAACGUAAAUAUGUGUUAUAAAUAUAACAUAAAUUCAUGUCUCCUUCUUCUCUGACACAAAGUCAAGCGUAUGGAAAACAAAAGAAUAAAUAACUGUAUUAAAGCAGGCUUAGUGAGGUUUGGUGAGCCCAUACAAGCUCCUGAGUCAACAUGUGCUUAGUAGAUAUUUGAAUUUCUCUAAAAACUGAAGACAUCCCUUUUUCCUAACUUUUUUUUUUUUUUUUUUUUUUGUGCCUAUUAUUGCAGUUCUGAGGCUACUUUAAUGCUUAAUUUAAGCUUUUAUUAGGAGAUGAUCAUACAGGACCAUGCCUGUAAGGCUGUUCUGAAUUUGCUGUAUGCUUGCUCCUGCAGUUAGCUUUGGC